AUGCGCAACUUAAACAAGGAAGUGCUUAAACUGUUAUCAUUUUUCAGUAUCUAGUUGGAGCUGCGUAAAGUAUAGUAAAUAUACCAGCAACAAUGGUAAUUGACUGGCUUGGAUUUGGCUAUGCAGCAACCAUAGCUCUGGGGGGAUACAUGGGAUACAAGAGAAAAGGUAGUCUGGUGUCGUUGAUUGCAGGAUUACUCUUUGGCAGUUUAUCAGCCUAUGGGGCCAUACUAACAACAAAUGACCCAAGUGACCAAAAUAUUUCAUUUUUGGCCUCUGGAACUCUGGCAGUUGUGAUGGGAAUUAGAUUUAAGAGAUCUGGGAAGAUAAUGCCAGCAGGUAUCAUGGCAGGGCUGAGUUUGCUGAGGAUUUUACAACUUUUCCUGUUCACUUUGUGAUGGGACAAACAAGACUAGUGACACAACACUCACUUAACAGAACCAGCACUAUUUGUAACCAUGCCAAAUGUUUUUAUUUAUUAUCAACAUGUCUGUUUUGAUUAUGGACUGUAAAGAAUCAUGGGCAACUCUAAAUGUAACCUGAGACGCAGAUUUCCUUUGGAUAGUGACAGGUUGUUUGAGCUGUAUGUAUUUAUGUCCUACUUAUGAAAUAAUUAGUUAUUGUGCAUUUUCAGUGGAAAUGAACUAGUAAUGAUUGAAGUUUGAAUGAUUAUGUGGACAGGACAUCAAUAAGUGAGAAGAAAUGUACCUACAGUCAAAACCUUACUGAUUAUGACAAACCUGCAUUCCAUAUAUCUUAUGCUGACUGCAAAUUAUACCCCCUGAUUAUAAUGAGCAAAUAAUGCAAAGCU